AUAUAAUUUUAAUUUAUUCUUUUCACGAAAAGAGAGCGUUCCUUUAUUUCCUGUAAAUGGGUGUAAAACACAGUAUUUACGAAAGUCCUGGUACUUUGAAUUAUUAUAAAUUCAGCGUUGAAGAAUACGCGCUGGUUAAAAGAAUAUGGUCGGAAAUCGAGAUUAACCCUCAAAACCAUGGAAGUGUCUACUUCAGAAGCUUUUGCGAAACCUACCCGCAGUACAUAAAAUUUUUCACACUGGAGCCUAAAUUGCCCAUGAACUUCGAUAUGCGUACUACUGAGAAAUUUUCGAAGAUCUUCGAAGCUAUGGGAUAUCUUCUGCUAGAUUUUAACAACAAGCCAAAACAAUUAGACCGGUUUGUUGGUUAUAUAGCCAUGGUGCAUAAGGACAUGCGAUUGAACGAGCAAGACAUGCAUAGAUUCAUGUUAUCAUUAUUGGAUUACCUGUCGCAAACAUAUCCCAAGCUAAUGACCGCACAAUGUCGGGAUGCAAUGUCCAAAUAUAUGGAAAGUAUUGCAAAAGAGCUAUCCAAGAAGAUGGAGAUUUUUCGCUGUUACGACAUCGCACAAUUGGACGUAAUAAAGCAACCAAAACUAUUGUGGGGAUGGUGCAAGCUUUUCGUUGAUCCCUUGAUAUUCCGCAAGACUAAGUUCUACUGGAGCGAAUGGAAGAAGCAGUGGGACGCGCGUCUGGACGAAUGGGCGGCGCAGGAUAAUUCUGCUGCCUUGGAUCCGACGUCGCAGAUGAACGACGAGGACACCGUCGCGGCUUCGAAGGCCGACGACGAUAACGAAGUCGAGGUCGGCAUCCUACAGCAGCAGAGGGCAUCCAUGAUAACGCGACGAACCGAUUCGGAUGUGUCCGCUUCUAGGCUCGCGCACUCGACUUCCACGAUCCUUGAAGUCAUUCCGGCCGGUGCUGCUGCUGCUGCUGCUGCUACCGCUGCUGUAUUGAGUCAUUUCUGCGCCGCGAUAAUUCUAUGCACCGAUGCAAUUGAGAUCAACUGGUGCGACCUGUCGGAUGAUGCUGCUGGACAAUCGACAAUUAAAUGCCGCCUUUGCAUAAACUUUACACGUGUUCCACGCGACCAUCCAUUUCAUCAGUGUGAUCACCCACGUCGGUAUUCGUCAUCACGUUAAACGUCGUAUCUACGUAUAACCCGCGAAUGAUCAUUUUGCCACAAGAAGAAGUACUCUCAAAUGCGCCGGAAAUACUGAGAUAAUUAUUAUUGUGAAUAAUAAUUAUCAGAGCGGCCGUUUCAAUGUUGCCGUCGAAGAGCAUUAAGAAGAAAGUUUGGCGCAAAACAAAGGAGUGAGAUAGCGAAAAGAAGCUCACGAGAAGCAGAAGAUUCGAAUUGCAAAAAGAUUUUAAUGUACUCUCGGCCGCCGCGACUCGGUGAGGCGAAUUCAAACCGCGAAAUGUUUACACGAACACACGUAUUAUAAACACAGGCGGAUGUGCGUCACAGUUGGUGCGUUUGGUUGAGCGCGGUCGAGAGGUCGAGUGUGUGUUAUCACGACACGGUCAGGCGACCGACUGAAGCACACCUGUCUACCUGCACAGGUAAGGCGUCCGCGAACUUGUAUACAGAGGCCGGCCACGCGCAAGGGUGUAUACUUUCGCAUGCCGCGACAUUCGACUUGGAGGAUCUGCAUUAACAAUGAUGCGGCGAAUGUAUAAACGGUGGCAAGCUAUUUUUGCGUCGUGGCAGCGAGGAUUACGGAAAACAUACUCGUGGAGUCCUUCAGCUCUCGUUAGAACGUUCGCACGAUGAAAUAUUGAAAUAAUGCGAGCCUGAGAGCCUUAUCUAGAGCUUUGUCUGCUGAAGGAUAGUCUUUAAGGAACAGAGCGGAACGAUCGGUCGAUCGACGAUAUAGAGGAUGAUGGAAGUGACAUUGACCAACGACGACGAAAUGAGAGAAACCUCGUGCGGCGGACGUGGCGUAUCGCGUGGAAUUGAAUAGAUAAAGGAGCGGCGAAUGCUUGUCGUUUUCGCGAUACCAAUCGACGGGGAAAGCUCGGCGAAUUAUUUAGGAAAAGAGGGCGAGCGAGAGAAAGAGAGGAAAAAAAGCACAUUGUAAUGCGUGAGUCAUAAGCGCUCUGUCGUGCGGAGGUUGGCGUUGACCGCGGCGCAUAUAAAGGCUUGUGAAGGUAGCUUAACUAAGUGGAGUUAAAGCCGCUUGUUCGCCGCGUAUCGCUCAACAAGUUGCGCUUCCUGAUGAGACCGCGAUUAAUAACGCGAGAAUGUCAAGGAUGAGCGCUCCGCGGAAAGUAAUGUCUGUCAGAGCGCACGACAGUUUCGCCGAUAGAAUCGACCGGCUACGUGUAUCUACGGUGUGUAACGUUUAACGCGAUGUCGAUUAGUACCUAUCGCGAAUGUGCCCUUUGAUUCGCGCUUCAUUAUUAAUCGCACGAGUCCCCGCGAGAGAGAGCAAUGAUUGUAACAACGCAGGCUUUUGAAAGAUGACUUAACAAUUUAGGAGACAUUCUACAUUUUUUUAAAAGGAAGUCUUUUAGGAAUUUCUGUUGUAGAAGAACUUCCUCAGCAAUAAUUCGAUUGAUGGCAACAAUGCGAUAAUCAAGCCAAUAACGCCAGUACGCUAAUAAUUAACCCUUUGCACUCGGAUGUGACCUCACAGGGGACAUUUUAAAUGUAGCAGAGAUGUCUCCGAGUGCAAAUGGUUAAAGAGCCCCAGCUCGAAUUGAGUGAGAUAAUUUUGCGAUCGCUACGAGACAAGAUGUUAGUGUUUUUUUUAGCUUUUCGGACAAUAUUUUUUCCUCUAGCUUUGUUUUUAAUUCUUUUGUUUCAUACCAACAAGUAACUAUUUGCCUCUCGUGGAGCUCGAGCUAUUAGGAAUGAUUACGCCUCGAGUUAAACGGGCGUGAAGUCGAGCUCGGCUAUUCUGCAAGUGGUUAUCCGUUCCACUAUCAUUUUCUACGGACGAAAGUAAUCAAUGCUGGACACAGUUAAGCAUCGAGGUCAGCAACGCUAGACCGGUCAGAUAUCGCCGAUCGAUAUUUGGAACGGGGAACAUUAAACGAGCAUUAUGCGGUGGAAAAGGGAUUACUACCUCUGACCUCCAAAUACCAGCGCGCUAUGGAUUAUUGAUUGCACCAGCAGGAUCCCCGCGGAAAUAAUAAUGAGCGUGUCGCUGAUAAACUCGAACGUUACGACGCGCGGCGGAUGUGUUGCGCUACAUUAUAUUAUGUGACAGAGCUCUACUUAUUUGACAUAAUGUCAACUAAUAUAACAACGAGCCCCUUGUCCUCGAUAAACACUCGAGUAGUAUGGUAGAAGAUAUCUUUCAGAUUUUUUUUCCAUCAAAAUCAUCCAAAAAACACAAAUCAUCGCAUAAAUCACCCCAAAACAUCAAAAUCGUUUCAAAAACAUCAAAAUCAUCCCAAACAAUAUAAAAAAAACACUAAUUUCAGAGAUUGCAUUUUUUGAUGCAGAUGUUGCAUGUCCCUCUCCAAUGAUCAGAGACAGUAAAAAUCACUCAAAAAUAUCCCAAAAAUCAUCCAAAAUCAAGCCUAGAACAAAUGCGACUCAAUGCAAUCUCAGUAAGUAAUAUAGUAAAUGUUAUCUGUCCGAGGACAGAAUUUUGUGGGAGAUGAUUUCCGCAGAGAGGCGACUGCUCGUGAGUACGGCUUUACCUGGAGCACGGCCGCCCGCCGUACUCUAUCCGCACGACUAUUACACCGAGAGAAAAAUAUAGUUGCUUUCGGCGUCAACUAUACUUUCUUGUGAUUUUAACAAAAAAAAAUAAUUAGAAGAACCAUUUUUCUAAUAACACUUACUAAAAUAAUAGUUUUUCUGACUACUUUUGUGGUUAAAAUCACAAAAGAGUGUAGUUGACGCCAAAAACAACUACAUUUUUCUCUGUGUACUGUCCGUACGGAACACAAUUAGUUUUGUAACUUACACUAUGAUUUUCUUAUCCAUUAUUUUUACUUUUGUCAUAUGUUUUUAGAGCAUUCAGCUCUUGAUCCUUUUAUUAUAGAUUUUUUUUUAACUACUAUUUUAAAUGCAUGCGACUAUUUUAAAUGCUAGCAACGCCAGCGACCGAAGGUUCUAAGCCCAUGAGACGCGUGACUGAUGCCAUAUAUGAAAAACCAUUGAAGAUCGAACCAAACACUACGUUAACAAAUACAUUUAGCUUGAAUUCAUUUUACAUAUGGAGGAUAAUUUAAAAACGUAUAGGAUUUUGCUUGAAAAGGUGUUUUUUCGAUAAUUUUAUUCACUUUAUAAUAUUAUUCUGAGGACAAAUCAAAUUGGGAGAUUUGAUUUUUAUUGGGUGAGAUAUAGAUUUUAAUAUUUUUUGGGUAUGUAGUAACGUUGAAAAUGAGAACAGAUCGAAUUGGAAGAUUUGUUUUUAUGGCGGGAAGUGUGCAUUUUUUAAUGUUUUUUGGGUUUAGUAACGUUAAAAACGGUCACUCCCUCGUGUCUUCCACAAUAUCUGCCCUCGGCGUAGCUUAUGAUUUCGGGGGAUUUUUAAAAAAUUGAAUUUUUAUUGAUUCUUUUAUUAUGGAAAAUGAGUGCUUUUCGAAGUAAUCAAACUUCAAAAUGAAUGUUUUUUUUAUGAAAAUUCAUCUUUCAUAAGAUCUGUCCUCGGAGUAACAUUUACUGUAUUACUCACUCGACGUACCGACAUUGGCAUUCGCCGAGGUGUCGCGAUCGACGAAAAAAAAAAGAAGAGCGAUACGCGUAAAGACUGCUACUAUUUUAAGACCGCGCGAAAGACUCUUAAUUAUACCGGCAAUGUGGCGUGGGUAUAACAGGAGGGGGAAGAAGGGGCGGAAUUCCAUUGUAAGAAUAUUGCGUGAGACACGUGAAUCGCCCGUUCAACCCUUCGAGCAGCCGAAAGUGACCUUCACGUCGCUCCGUCUCCUACAUAGUUUCUUGAAUAUCCAUUCUCGUAAAGUCGCGAGUGAACACGCUCCACCGAUUUUAUCUCUUUAAGAUUGAUCUUUCCUUGAUAUCUUUUCGCCCGACACGCACGGAAAUGUGAGAAACGUAUCGAAGGCGGCAAGAAAACGCAGCUGUCGUCGUCGUCGUAGCCAUCGUUGAAGAUUCAUUAAUUAUGACAGAAAUUAUCAAGCGGAUAUUUCUGAUCAAAUUCCAAUUUAUUUUUACAUCCGAUCAGAAUAUCUGAUUGAAUUUAAUCAGGCACUUCAGAUCAUAUAUAAUUGAUAUUUCCUCAGAUAAAUAAUUCAAGAUAUUUAAAGACCGAUAUUUCUUACCAGAUGUUUCCUGACCAGAUAUAAAAAUUAAUCAGAAAUAUUUGUUUGAUAAUUCUUCUCAGUGUGAGUAAAAAUGUGAUUAAUGAAGAGGUGACGUCACAUCUCAUCAAUAAUGAAUAUGCAGAUAUGCGUGCAUGCGAUCCGCGCAUCGAGGAGGACGUAACCGACGCUCUCGAUCCUCCCCGUGAAGAAUUCUGUAUGAAUCAUGAUACUGGUGAAUAAUAGCGACGUUGCAUGUCCUACUUGCUAUCCUACUUUGUACGAUUAUUUUUCGUCGGGGCUUCGUCCCCAAAUCUUCGUCGUCUGGAAGUUCCGGCGUGACACAUUCCGUUACGAGUCGCCAGUCGUGCAAUUUUAUAUCCAUAUGAACGACCAAUAGAGUAUGUUGAAUAUGAUGAACGACACGGGGAACACUAUUCUACUGCGCUUGUC